CAGAGGCCUAGCGCCCUGCCCCGCCCCGCCCCAGCCUGGUCGGCCCGGCCGGGGGAGGGGUCGCGGCAGCGGCGGCGUCAGCGACACCGAGGCGGUAGGAGCUUCAGGCUCCGGAGCAAGAUGGCGGCGCGGGUACUGCUCGCGCGAGGAGGCCUGCUGCGGCCAGCCGCCCCCGGCAGCUUCCUGCCCGGGCUCCGGAGAGUAACGUCCUCAAGUCACCGAGCUCGGGAAGACAGCUGGCUAAAGUCCUUAUUUGUCAGAAAGGUCGAUCCGAGAAAAGAUGCCCACUCCAACCUCCUAGCCAAAAAGGAGACGAGCAGUCUGUACAAGUUACAGUUUCACAAUGUUAAGCCGGAAUGCCUAGACGCAUACAACAAAAUUUGUCAAGAAGUGUUACCAAAGAUCCAUGAGGACAAGCAGUACCCUUGUACCUUGGUGGGGACGUGGAACACAUGGUACGGCGAGCAGGAUCAAGCCGUCCACCUCUGGAGGUAUGAAGGAGGCUAUCCAGCCCUCACGGAGGUCAUGAAUAAACUCAAAGAAAACCAGGAAUUUGUAAAUUUCCGUAAGGCCAGAAGCGACAUGCUUCUCUCCAGGAGGAAUCAGCUGCUGUUGGAGUUCAGUUUCUGGAAUGAGCCAGUGCCGAGAUCAGGCCCCAAUAUAUACGAACUCAGGUCCUACCAACUCCGACCAGGAACGAUGAUUGAAUGGGGCAAUUACUGGGCCCGGGCCAUUCGCUUUAGACAAGACAGUAAUGAGGCAGUUGGGGGAUUCUUCUCUCAAAUUGGGCAGCUAUAUAUGGUGCACCAUCUUUGGGCUUAUAAAGACCUUCAGACUAGGGAGGACAUACGGAACGCAGCCUGGCACAAGCAUGGCUGGGAGGAACUUGUGUACUAUACGGUCCCACUCAUUCAGGAAAUGGAGUCCAGGAUCAUGAUCCCGCUCAAGACCUCCCCGCUCCAGUGAUGCUUCCGUGUGCCUAUGCGAUUUCUGUGACGAAUACGUGUCAUGAUUUCAUCUCACCCAGUCACCGAGUGGAAAGCAAGCCGAGGUGUAAACUGCUGUACAUAGCUUGUAAGCUCUCUUUUCUUUAAAAUUUAAUAAUCAUGCAACGGGAACCCAGGAGGCUUGAACUACCGGAAGCAGUCUCUGCUCACCAACCGCUCCUUAGCCUCCAGCCCUGGCUCAUUUGAAGCCGGGUGUGGUAGUUUAGCACUCAGGGAGCUGAGGCAGGAGAAUUCCAAUAAGUCCUAGGUCAAUCUUGGGUACAUAUAGUUUCAGACCACCUUGGACCUUGUGAGACCCUGUCUCAAUAACCAAAAUUAAAGUUUGAAUUCUCUCUGAGUAAAAGCCCAGCUAUGAAAAAGAAUCAGCUAUUUCUCGCUAUUAAAAUAAAAAGUCUGUUUUACAAUUACAGAUUUUUACAAAUUUCCUUCCUUCAGGAAGAAAUACAAAUGAAGUCAUGUUUCCUGAGCAGUUUCUCUGAAUCUCAAACUAGGAACAAAUUGAGUGUAUCCAAUGGCUGCGGCUGUGAUUGCUAUGACUUUGUGACUUCUGGUCAGUCAGUCAGCAGGCCGGUUGUGUACCCUGAACUGGAAGGGUGGUCACCGUGCACCUAGCCAGCCAUGCAGGCUCCAGCAGGCACUGUGUCCCAGGGGGGUGGCAUGAACCAGUGCGCCACACGUGAUUUUGAAACAAACACCUCAACUAGCACUAAUUUUAUUUGCAAUAUUUUUCUAUAAAAUAAGUAGCUCUUGGAAAAGAGGUUUUAUUUUCUAAGCCUCCGUCUGUGACCUCUGACCUCUGGUUCUAUUUUGGUAAGCCCCCAGCAAACACUUCCAAGACCUUGUACCAAGGGCAGCACACACUGGGCCUCAGUUGGUGUAAAGCUUCAUAUUCUGUCUGUCUCUGUUUGGUUUUCUUUUUUAAUAUAGUGUGCCAAUUUUGUGACUAUAAUCAUGUGAAAACCCCAUUGAACCGAAGAAUUAUGUCUGCCCCACAAAUUGAUUUGUGUAAAAUAAAGUAUAACUAGAUCUCCUAUCAGAUGUCUAAUUUUUACAUGCGAAUGGUUUUCUUCAAGAACAUAUUAAAGUAAAUAAAGCCCUCUUAAUUUUCA